CAAGGGUAGGAGCCUUUCUACUUCUUUUGCCCUCAACUCAACUGCUCCUCUCUCUCUCUCUAUUUUUCUCUGGAACGUUUCAGUGUUAAUCUUUAAGUCCAUUUUUGUUGUUGAGACACAUUUGGGGGAGUAGUGAUUCAAGUGAGGUGGAUGGUCGCCAUGGAAGCUAAUCCUUCUGGGGAGGAUUGCUGUGUGAAAGUAGCUGUUCACAUUAGGCCUCUGAUAAGCGACGAGAAGCUUCAAGGGUGUAAAGACUGUGUCACUGUAGUGCCUGGGAAGCCUCAGGUGCAAAUUGGUACACAUUCAUUCACAUUCGAUCAUGUCUACGGCAAUGCCGGCUCUGCAUCGACUGCGAUGUACGAGGAAUGUGUUGCACCUCUGGUCGACGGAUUGUUUCAAGGAUAUAAUGCUACUGUUCUUGCGUAUGGUCAGACGGGGUCGGGGAAGACAUACACCAUGGGGACUAACCUCAAAGAUGGAUACGAAACAGGACUAAUUCCAAAAGUUAUGAAUGCUCUGUUCUGCAAGAUCGAAACUUUGAAGCAUGAAAUCGAGUUUCAACUACACGUCUCCUUCAUCGAGAUUCAUAAGGAGGAAGUAAGGGACUUGCUCGACUCUGCGCUGGCAAACAAGCAAGAAGUAAAUGGACAAUCCGGAAAAGUGGCUAUUCCCGGGAGAGCUCCAAUUCAGAUUCGUGAAACAUCCAACGGCGUCAUUACACUUGCUGGAACAACAGAGUGUAGUGUCAAGACACUCAAAGAAAUGUCGGAUUGUUUAGAGCAAGGAUCGCUGAGCCGAGCAACUGGAAGUACUAAUAUGAACAAUCAGUCUAGCCGGUCUCAUGCUAUCUUCACCAUAACUAUCGAGCAAAUGCGCAAGCUUCAUCCUGACAUUUCGGGCGAUGGGAAUCUGAAUGACUGCAUGACUGAAGAAUACCUCUGUGCCAAAUUGCAUUUGGUAGAUCUUGCAGGAUCGGAGCGUGCGAAAAGAACCGGCUCUGACGGUCUACGAUUUAAGGAAGGAGUUCACAUUAAUAAAGGACUUCUUGCACUUGGCAAUGUCAUAAGUGCGCUCGGUGAUGAGAAAAAACGAAAAGAAGGUGUCCAUGUGCCGUAUAGGGAUAGUAAACUCACUCGGCUAUUGCAGGAUUCACUCGGGGGCAACAGCAGGACAGUAAUGAUCGCUUGCAUAAGUCCAGCUGACAUAAAUGCCGAAGAAACUCUCAACACACUGAAGUAUGCUAACCGCGCCCGUAAUAUCCAGAACAAACCCGUUAUUAAUAGAGAUCCAAUGUCGAAUGAGAUGGUGAAGAUGCGGCAACAGUUGGAGUAUCUUCAAGCAGAACUUUGUGCUCGCAAUGGCGUUUCGUUUGAUCAAAUGCAGGCGCUCAAGGAUAGGAUUGCGUGGCUUGAGGCCACGAACGAGGAGUUAUCUCGAGAACUUAACGAGUGCCACAACAGAGGUGGUGUUGCUAAGCAAGAUGAAGUUGAAGCUAAGGCUAAUGGAAACGGUGUUGUGAAAAGUGAAGGUCUCAAAAGGGCAUUGCAAAGUAUGGAAUCAUCGGACUAUCAAAUGAGCGAUUGCACAUUUUCAGGCGAGGCUGGAGAUAUCGAUGAAGAUACUGCGAAAGAAUUGGAACACAACUAUUUGCAGAGCACCAUGGAUAAGGAAUUGAAUGAGCUGAAUCGACAGUUGGAGCAGAAAGAGUCACAAAUGAAGCUUUUCGGAGGAUAUGACACCACAGCAUUGAAGCAACAUUUCGGAAAGAAAAUUAUGGAACUUGAGGAGGAGAAGAAGACAGUGCAGCACGAGAGGGAUCGACUGUUGACAGAAGUCGAGAACCUGUCUGCUAAUUCCGACGGGCAGGCACAGAAGCUGCAAGACAUCCAUGCCCAGAAACUCAAAACACUCGAAGCUCAGAUACAAGACCUGAAGAAGAAGCAGGAGAAUCAAGUUCAACUUUUGAAGCAGAAGCAGAAGAGCGAUGAAGCAGCUCGAAAGUUGCAAGAGGAAAUGCAAUGCAUCAAGGCACAAAAGGUUCAUUUGCAACACAAGAUAAAACAAGAAGCUGAACAAUUCAGGCAGUGGAAGUCGUCCCGAGAAAAGGAAUUACUACAGUUAAGAAAAGAGGGGAGGAGAAAUGAGUAUGAGAGACAUAAAUUACAAGCAAUGAAUCAGCGCCAGAAAAUGGUUCUCCAGAGAAAGACUGAGGAAGCUGCUAUGGCUACAAAGAGAUUGAAAGAGUUGCUAGAAGCACGCAAAUCUUCGACUCGCGAAAACUCUGGAAAUAGCAAUGGAAAUGCAGCAAUGAAUGGCCAGAGUAAUGAAAAGUCCUUGAAUCGUUGGAUCGAUCACGAGCUAGAAGUGAUGGUGAACGUACAUGAAGUUCGUUAUGAGUAUGAAAAGCAAACUCAAGUGCGAGCUGCAUUGGCAGAAGAGUUGGCUGUUCUACGACAGGUCGACGAAUUUGCUUCCAAAGGUGUUACCCCUCCCAGAGGAAAAAAUGGAGUUUCCAGGGCAUCUUCGAUGUCACCAGCAGCAAGAAUGUCGAGAAUCGCCACUCUUGAAAGCAUGCUGAGCAUUUCAUCAAAUUCACUGGUUGCAAUGGCUUCCCAGCUUUCAGAAGCUGAAGAACGCGAGCGAGGCAUCAGCAGUCGCGGCCGGUGGAACCAGCUUCGAUCCAUGGGGGAUGCCAAAAGCUUGCUUCAAUACAUGUUUAAUUAUCUUGGCGAUGCAAGGUGUGAAUUGUGGGUGAAGGAGGCCGAAAUCAAGGAGAUGAAGGAGCAGAUGAAGGAACUCGUUGGAUUGUUACGACAAAGCGAACACAGAAGAAAGGACGUCGAGAAAGAGCUGAAAUCAAGAGAUGUCGGAUUAGCUACACCGCCACCUUCUGCAAACUCCCAGAAACAGAUUGACGACGACAUGAACACUCCAUUGUCUCCGAUUCCAGUGCCAGCACCGAAACAGCUCAAAUACACUGCAGGAAUCGCCAACACCUCAGUCAGAGAGUCGGCGGCAUUCAUGGAUCAAAAACGAAAGAUGGUGCCCAUUGGUCAGGUUUCGGCGAAGAAACUAGCACUCGCCGGAAAUGGUGGUGCGAAGCUGUGGAGAUGGAAGAGAAGCCAUCAUCAAUGGCUGCUGCAGUUCAAAUGGAAGUGGCAAAAGCCUUGGAGACUAUCCGAGUUGAUUAAACACAGCGACGAAACGAUGAUGAAAUCCAGACAUCGUCCGCAAGCUCCUCCUGUACUAAUGUAUAGAAACGGUCACUAAAUUAUACACAUAUGAUAUAUACAUACUACAACCUAGUGCAGGUAACUCCAUUGUUUUUCUUAACCGAAAGCUCCUCACCACCGCGACAUUACUCGAUAUUCAUUCGACGGAUAAAGCGCACGCUUGCAGUGGGAUUUUAUAUAUAAACCACAGCUGCUGUGUGUCGAGUUUUUCUUUCUUGACGAGUGUUUUCUUCUUGUAAAGCUACUGUAUAUUGUCUAGAUUCUGUAGGAUUGAUUUGUGAUUUGCUUGUCUUUGUGAAUUUUAAUGUAUCAUGAUUCUGGUGGGAAAAUUCUUUGUUUGGAUUGGAUUG